UCAAAUCGGUUUCCAAUGGCCCAAAAGUUGGAAGCCAAAGGAGGAAAUGGAGGCAAGGAAUGGGAUGAUGGAGCCAACCAUGAAGGUGUAUCACAGACUUAUGUACGAGAGGGUUGUCAAGGCAUAUUUGAGUCCAUCAAGUUCGACUAUGUCGAAAAUAGACAACCUAAAGCUGGACUAAUCCAUGGUGGCUCGGCCUCGGACCAUUGUUUCACCUAGUGGUUUGAUCUUAACCAUACCAUUGAUGAACAUAUUCUAUCUAUAAAGUGUUACUAAGAAGGUGUGAUACAAGGACUUGUGAUGAAAACCAACAUCAGGACUUCUGCACCCAUGGGUUAUAACAUUCGCCCUAAUACUUUGUUUAAACUUGAAGUCAAAGGAAAAAAUAUCAUUGGGUUUCAUGGAUCUUCUGACAAAAACCUUCACUCUCUGAGAGCUUAUUUCGGAAUGAUUUCUCCUGCUAAUUUGGAAUACUAA